AUGAUAAUUAUAAAUAUAUGAAUUAUUUUUAUUAUAUUUUUUAUUGGGAAUUUAAUUUUUGUGUCAAAAAAUAAACAUUUAUUAAUUAUUUUAUUAAGAUUAGAGUUUAUAGUUUUAAGAAUUUUUUUUUUUUUAUUAUUAUAUUUUAUGAUAAUUGAUUAUGAUAUGUAUAUAUUAAUAGUUUUUUUAGUUUUUUCUGUUUGUGAGGGUUCUUUAGGAUUAUCUAUUUUAGUUUCAAUAAUUCGGACUCAUGGUAAUGAUUAUUUUCAAAGAUUUAAUUUAUUAUAA